AUGACCGUGGAAACACCCCUGCCUCAAGAAACAGCAACUACGGAACUCAAAAAAUGCAAACAGGCCCCACGAGUAAGCUCGCUGUCGGAAGACCAAAAACGUCAGAACCACGUCUCGUCCGAGCAAAGACGGCGCCAGGCGAUGCGGGAAACGUACGAUACAUUGGUCGAGAUGGUGCCCGAUCUCGAAUCGAGCCAGCGGCGUUCAGAAAUGCAGAUAUAUGCCCGAAGCUACAACUAUCUGAUAUGGUUAUAUGAGAGAAACCGCAUACUUCGAGCGCAGCUCAAGGAAACCACGGGGCUGGAGGCUGCUGAAAAUCUACGAUGGGAGCUCCCGCCCAAAGUCAAGAGAUAG